CGACCGCCCUCCCCGCCCCCCGUCGGCCACUACUCCGACCACGAGUGCAGCCUGGUCGCCGAGAAGCUGAAAGAUGACAGCAAGUUCCUGGAAGCCAUCCAGACCUUGCUGACCUGGAUAGAGCGUGGGGAGGUGAACAGGAGGACUGCCAACAACUUCUACUCCAUGAUCCAGUCGGCCAACAGCCACGUGCGCCGGCUGGUGAACGAGAAGGCAGCUCACGAGAAGGAGAUGGAGGAAGCCAAGGAGAAGUUCAAACUUGCUCUCUCAGGGAUUCUGGUUCAGUUCGAGCAGAUAGUGGCCGUGUACCAUUCUGCCUCCAAACAAAAGGCUUGGGACCAUUUCACGAAAGCUCAGCGUAAGAACAUCAGCGUGUGGUGCAAACAAGCAGAGGAGAUCCGUAACAUCCAUAACGAUGAGCUGAUGGGUAUUCGAAGGGAGGAGGAGAUGGAGAUGUCUGAUGAAGAAAUAGAAGAUCCCUCAGAGAUGAAGGAAACAGAAGAAUCAGCGCUGGUGGCCCAGGUGGAGGCCCUGAAGGAGGAGAACGACAGCCUGCGCUGGCAGCUGGACGCCUACCGCAACGAGGUGGAGCUGCUGAGGCAGGAGCAGGGCAAGGCCUCCCGGGACGAGGACACCACCAGGGAGCAGCAGAUGAAGCUCCUGCAGCAGGCUCUGCAGGGCAUGCAGAAGCACCUUUUGAAAGUGCAGGAGGAAUACAAAAGGAGAGAAGCCGAGCUAGAAAAAGUGAAGGAAGACAAACUGAAAAUAGAAACAUUAUUAGAAAACCUGAAGGAGCAGCACAGCAUGGCAGAUGAAGAGGACAAGGAGAGGGAUGCAGCUGAUGGCCAAGGGAAUGAGAGCAGCACGUCCAGAGUCUGCUCGUGCAGCCAGGAGAAGGAGUGUCCAGCUGAGAAGACACUGAGCAAUAGUCCUGUGAAAUCUGAACGAGAAGUUCUCCUAGUUGGAAUAAUCUCCACAUUCCUUCACGUGCACCCCUUUGGAGCCAGCAUCGAGUACAUCUGCUCCUACCUGCAGCGCCUGGACAGCAAGAUCUGCACUGCAGAGGUGGAAGUUCUCAUGACCCGGCUCCAGAACACGUUCAGGCAGGAGCUGAGCGGGGUUGGGGCCAGCCUGGAGAAAAGGUGGAAGUUCUGUGGCUUUGACGGGCUGAAGAUGACUUGA